GGAAUUGUGUGCGUGUUUUCAAACCAGAAAUCAAACCAUAACUUUUCGAUCUCUGAUUGGUCUCAAAACAUCUCUUUAAAAAAUGUUUUUGAGUAUUUAAAACCUUCAAAACAAAGAGCUACUGAUAUCCCUACGUGGCGGUGUGCGUCAAUAAGCAGAUAUGUUUGUGUGUGCUCAUAACUUGACAGCAACGUUUAUCAGUAAAAGCCAGCUGGCAGUAAAACACUCUUCCUCUCCACACUCUAAGACGCAUAGAGGACUUGCAGAGAAAACAUUUGGUAACCAUGGCCAGAUUUCUGCUCCUAUAUUCCCUCCUCCUGUUUGGAGGUCAGAGGUCAUCAGCAUGUCCAGAGCCCUGCUCUUGUCGUGGUGGUCGGGUGGACUGCAGCAGCAGGUCUCUCACCUCGUCCUCCAUGCCCACCAGCUUCCCUGCAGGAGCCACAGAGUUGCUUCUCCACGACAACCUGAUCACCACCCUCCCCAACGGGCUCCUGGAUGGCCUGAGCUCCCUUCACUCCGUUUCCCUUCAGGGUAACCCCUGGCUGUGCGACUGCGGCGUCCUCUACUUACGGGCCUGGCUGCGGCGUCACAGCGCUGACCUCAUGGCACACGUGGGGGUGAACUGCAGCUCCCCCCCCAGCCUGAAAGGGAGGCUUGUGGCAUAUUUAACGGAGGAGGAGGUGCUGGACUCGUGUCAGUACUGGUACUGCAACCUGGCCUUCGCCUCCUUCAUCUGUCUGUUUGUGUUCGUGGCGGCACAAGCAGCUCUGCUGGUAGCUCUCAUCAUUUUCCUCAAAAGGUUUGAGAGGCUGUCCAAAGAGGCCAGACGGACCACCGAGGAGAUCUUGGCAGUCGGAGAAAGCCCAAGAGAGAACGAAUAUGAGCAUUUGAAGGACAGUAGCAUCUGAAACAUACCCUUUUACCUAAGGCUUUCAUGAUUUUUUAACGUUAAUUUGGCUCUUAAACAUUGUAAAUAAAUCUUUUGCAACAUAUUGACACUUUUUAUACUAAACAAAACAGCGUAACCUACCUUUACUAUAUAAUUUCUACCUAUGUAUUACUUAAAACUUACAGUAACUGCAAAUAUACAAAGAUCAAACAAGUUUUUUUUUAGUUAAUAAACACUUUAUUUCUGUUCACUUUCUUAUUUUAAAAACCUAUUUUCAACAUUGUCAUUUAAUCAUUGUUUUGUAUUGUGUCAACGCAAAGCAGCAAAAACAAGAACAUUGUCCUUUUUUCACACAGCUAUUCAUCAAACGUAAACAUUUUCCCACUUUAUGCACAUUUAUUAUCAUAGAUUCAAUGAAAUCAAUCUAUUGUUUAAAAAAAAAGUCCAGUGAAGUCAUUUACAUGAUCACCCAUUUUGAAAAACGUGUUUUUUUGUUGUUGAUACAGAAUAAAAAAUAAAUCAGUCAA